AGAAAUCUGGAGUGAGGCCAGAACAAACACCUGGUUGAGUGGGACAAGCAGGUGGGAAGGGGCGGGGCAAAGCAGGUUAAACCUGUCCCUGACCAGGCACCACCCUCAGACAGGUGGGGGAGGCCUCAGCCUGCCAGAGGCCCAGAGGACUCAUGGUCAAUGGCAGCCCCGCCUCCAGGCCUGACCAACCGAGGGGCAGGGAAACUCCAAGGACAGAGCCCCACACUUGGACACCAGGGGCAGCAUGAGCUUUGACCCACACCCUAUCGACCAGCUGGCACUCAACUGUUUGCUCAUAGAGGGGGUGGCACUCCUGAGGCCACCUGGCCCUUCCCCCAGCCAGUCCCUGCUGGAAUAAUCACAGACCCACCAACGCUGCCACCCCACGUCUGCCAGUUCUGCCGCUCUACAACCUAAGGUGACCAGAGCAAGGCAACCCAGCUUUUCUCCCUACUCCUUCAGUGGGUGUAGGCUGGAGGGUUUUCUGGAGCAGACUGAGAUUCAGCAUCUUUGUUUCCUCAUCAAGAACCACCAGAGUUGGAAGAGGAAAGAAUUCGUGCGUGUAAAGCAUUGCACUCAUCACACUGGAAGAGUCAGAUACAGGGUGAGCACAGCAGUGAAGAUAAGGAAAAGAAAACAGCAAUGGGAACCGCCUCCCACUUCAACCAUAGAGGCAACCCAGGCCUUUGCACGAAGCAGGCAGGUAGCCCCUAGGCGGGGUCCGGACAGCGCCCACGCCUGGCUAGCCGGCUGGGACAGGCCUAAACGAGCAGCUUACACCUGGCGGCGUCUGCCUCUGGGGCAGACACCGCCCUACACCCCAGCUCCAGCGGCUCCCAGGCGGGGGGAGGAGGCUGGCUGUAAGGAUCAGUGACCUAUGGCCAAGUCUGGGCCCCUCGACCCUUCACUUCCGGCUGCUGCUCUAGGAGACCUGAUCUAGCAGGUUCCCAGAGGCGUCUCGGCCUGGCUCUUACGCCGACUCGGGAUAAACCCUGCUGCCUCCCACACUCUCAGUAGGAGUGGGUCCCCGCCAAGGUUGACAAGGCGCCCCCACGAAUGGCCGACGCACGCGGACUCGCCCACGCGGGAAUCACUCAAAGUUUCAAACAACCAGACCCCGUCCUAACGCCCAGACCAGUUGGCGCGCAGGCCUCGCCUCCUUUCGCUUCUUCCACAGAGAAAUGUCCGCGCGGCCCAAUGGUGCCGCAGGGACCACGAGGUCUCAGCAAAGGAACGUGCUAGACCACAGAGGUCUUUUCCAGUUCGUGAGGGCCGGGACCUGUGGAAGUCACCAGCAGACAGUGACUGCAGGUCUGGGGACUGAAGGGAAUUACCGGGGGUCAAAGGGGGCGGUGAGUUACCCGGAGAAUUUGUAGGGAGGAUCGUUCGAGUACUGCUGGGGAAGGGGAAAGCAGCUGUGAUUCUCUGGGAUCGUUAGCGCUGCGGUAGAGUCGCCAGAGAUCACAGGAAGGAGCUCGUCCAUACAGGUUCGAGGCCAAAACGCGGUCUUGUGGGCCGGUGGUUCGUAAGCCUCAAUUUUAGAAAAGUACCCCCAACCCCUAGAGCUGUACUUUUGGGCUAGGCUAAACCAGAUGGUCUGGUCCGGGAGCCCCCCCCCGCCCGCCCCUGCCCCCACGUGGGGGCGCCUGUUUUGCUCUUUCGGAGAACGAGCCUGUUGCCCGGAGAUGGAGGGGUGCGCUGGCCGGUGGGAGGCUUGUGUUGAGUUGUGUCUAUGUGUGUCCUGCAGACCCUCGUUCCCUUUUCCACCCAGGGCCAACAAGCCAAUUCGGACUGUCCCGCGUAGAGGACUCCCAGCACCCCUUUCGCCACGUGGAGCCUGGUGAGGCUCCUUUGCGGCUGUGUGUUUCCGAGCCGCCCAGUACUUAACCAAAUUCUCCCAUUUACUUGAUUGAGAAACUGAUUAGCUUUGCAGGAACGCUACAGCCUGACGCGGGCGGAGACAUAUUGCCAAGCCCGACCGAAAACCUGAGGCCGGAGCCUCACAUCCAGUUUUUGGAUAAGCGAGUGUGGCGUCUCGGUCUGUGGAUAAUGGAGAGUGCAAAGAACUUGGGCACGUCCCCAGCUCAUUACCGGAGAGGCGGCGCGGCCGGGACGAGAGGGCACCUCCGAGACCUUGCCACACAGCAGCGUGUCCCUACUUGGCAAGAGAAGAGACUAAGGAGCCGAGACGGAAGUGACUCGUACAGGGACACGGCGACCAGGAGCAGAGGCGAGCCGCCGCGCGCGGCAACCCCUCCCCGGAGCGCUAAGCGAAUCAGGCGCGGGGGGAGGAGAGGACGUUACUCCUAGGCGCCGCCCCCGAGCGAGCCUGGAAUGCCAAAUAUUUGUUUGCCGGGCGGGGCGCAGCUGCGAGUACCUGGCGAUUUGGGCAACCAGCUGGAGGCCAAGCUGGACAAGCCGUCGGUGGUGCACUAUCUCUGCUCCAAGAGGACGGACAGCUACUUCACGCUCUGGCUGAACCUGGAACUGCUGCUGCCUGUCAUCAUUGACUGCUGGAUUGACAAUAUCAGGCUGGUUUACAAUAGCACGUCCAGGACCACCCAGUUUCCUGAUGGUGUGGAUGUACGUGUCCCUGGCUUUGGGAAGACCUUCUCAGUGGAGUUCCUAGACCCCAGCAAAAGUAGUGUGGGUUCCUAUUUCCACACCAUGGUGGAGAGCCUUGUGAGCUGGGGUUACACACGGGGUGAGGACGUCCGAGGGGCCCCUUAUGACUGGCGUCGAGCCCCAAAUGAAAACGGGCCCUACUUCCUGGCCCUCCGCGAGAUGAUCGAGGAGAUGUACCAGCUGUAUGGGGGCCCUGUGGUGCUGGUUGCCCACAGCAUGGGCAACAUGUACACGCUCUACUUUCUGCAGCGGCAGCCACAGGCCUGGAAGGACAAGUAUAUCCGGGCCUUCUUGUCACUGGGCGCGCCCUGGGGGGGCGUGGCCAAGACCCUGCGCGUCCUGGCCUCAGGAGACAACAACCGGAUCCCGGUCAUUGGACCCCUGAAGAUCCGGGAGCAGCAGCGGUCUGCUGUCUCCACCAGUUGGCUGCUCCCCUACAACUAUACCUGGUCACCUGAGAAGGUGUUCGUGCACACACCCACCAUCAACUACACUCUGCGUGACUAUCGCCAAUUCUUCCAGGACAUUGGCUUUGAAGAUGGCUGGCUCAUGCGGCAGGACACAGAGGGGCUGGUGGAAGCCACGAUGCCACCUGGCGUGCCACUGCACUGCCUCUAUGGUACUGGUGUCCCCACACCAGACUCUUUCUACUAUGAGAACUUCCCUGACCGGGACCCUAAAAUCUGCUUUGGUGAUGGCGAUGGCACUGUGAACCUGCAGAGCGCCCUGCAAUGCCAGGCCUGGCGCAGCCGCCAGGAGCACCAAGUGCUGUUGCAGGAGUUGCCUGGCAGUGAGCACCUCGAGAUGCUGGCCAAUGCCACCACCCUGGCCUAUCUAAAACGCCUGCUCCUAUGGCCCUGAUUCCUGUGCCAGGCAGGACUGCUGGUGGCUCAGCCAUGGGUUUUCUCUUGGCAUGUGGGCUAUUGCGGCCCACUUGUUCAGCGGUUUUGUGACCAACUAUUCAAGGCUCCCGGUCUUGGGCUGUGAGGCAUCUGCUCCGGGGAAGUGCUGUUUCUUAUCUUUCCUCUAUGACAGUGAAGGAGGAGGAAUAUGACUGUGGACCUGAUGGAAAGAAUGCUGCUGCUGCUGGAAUUGUGACCUCAGGACUGGCUCCACGGGAUGGGUUCGCUGCCAUGUGGCCCAAUCUCCAGCUCCAAGGCCAUACCAUCCUCCUACCCCAUGGCUUUGUCUCACUUGCCCACUGGGCCCUGGCCCCUCAGCCUUCCUGUGAGGGAUGUUCCCACGCUGUCACUGCCACCAGAGUUCCCAGAGAUGGGCUCCUGGCCCCUCAGGUGACUCCUCACACACUGGCCAAGGUAUGCCUGCCACUGGCCGUGAGUGGCGGG